CUUGUCCAUUUGGCACGUAUGGAGACAAGUGCGCCUCCAACUGCACAUGCGCAGACAAGUGUGGGUGUGAUCACGUGACCGGCAAGUGUCUGCCGUGUGAGAUCGACGGGACGCCGCGGUUCUUCUACAGGAAAGAAAUCCCCAACAUCUCGAAACUGCCCUACAUGCCUCUGCUGUCUGCCCUGGGCUUUGUGGUGAUCAUGGCUAGCAUCAACUUCGUCUACUGGUCAGAUGAUCUACAAGAUGGACAGCCCGGAGGAGCUGGAUGCCUUCUGGACCAAAGGCUGGGAGAAAAUGCUUCAGAAGAGGGCCAUAGAGAACCAAUCUGGGGGUGGCGGAAAGUCUAAGUAGGGAGUGAUGUGUGUGUGUGUGUGUGUGUGUGUGUGUGUGUGUGUGUGUGUGUGUGUGUGCUAUAGUGCUGAUCAUAUUUCGUGUGUGCUGAAAUGAAAAAGAUAAGAGCAGGUGUAUUUAAAUAAUUUAAAUAAGCCCUCAUAAUACACAAGGGUGUUUCUGUGAGGGUACAAUGAUAG